AGUGUGCUGCCAACCGAAGUAUGAGAGGAAGAGGAGGAGGAAGAGGGAAACAUUAACAGGAGAAGGAAGACGCAGAGGGAGGAGGCGGAGGAGUGUGUGGCCGGGGUGAGAGUAUUUAUAGGAGGAGAGAUGAGGCGGCGGCGAGGAGAGCCGGAGGAUCCGACACAAUAAGAGGAGACAAAGGAGGAAGAGGAGGAGGAGGAACCAUGCUGCGGAGGAAGAGGAGCGUGUCCUUCGGCGGCUUCGGAUGGAUUGAUAAGUCGACUGUCAGCGCGCUGAGAGCCCGUAAGCAAGACCAGCUGACCCUCCCUAAUGUCCCGGUGGAGGACCGCCCCCCGUCACCUCCCCGCACGGCGCCGCCCACCAUGAAGUCGGCUCAUUUCUUCGACAUGAUGGACAAGAUGGAGCAAGUACCAGAAGCUACUGAGAUGAAGACAGUCCCUCUGAGACAGAAGGACGAUUACAUUCCUUAUCCCAGGAUCGAAGAGGUGUUGGAGAGGGGGCGGCCGUACCCGCAGGUCAUCCUGCCGCAGUUUGGAGGCUAUUGGAUAGAGGAUCCAGAGGCUCCUCCCCCUUCCGAGACCCUGCCUUCAGAGGCUCCGCCCCCUUCCGAGGCCCCACCUCCGGACGCCCCGCCUCUUGAUGCUCCACCCAUUGAGGCCCCGCCCCCUUCCUCUCUGCAUUGCAGCGGUGCGGAGGUGGAGGACGGAGGAAUAAGGGAGACAGAAGGUUCUGCCCCAGGGGAUUAUGGGUAUCACCUGGAGGAGAUCAACGAGGCAGCACGCGCGUACAGGAAGCACUUCCUGGGCAGGGAACAUCUGAACUUCUUCUGCUCAGUCAGCAGUUUGGGAAACCUGCUGCUGUCUGUGAGACACGAGGAGGAGAAGGAACACGAAUACCUGCACGUCAUCAUCAGGUCUCGUCUGAAAAGCAUCUACCACAGAUUAUCUCUGGCAGAGCUGCCGGACAUCCCCAGCGUUCCGGAGCUGGCCAAGCUUGUGUGCGACGAAGCGGCCUCCCUGCGGUUCAGUCCGGUCCUCUACCCCAAGGCGUCUCAGCUCAUCGUCAACUACGACGAACACGAAGUCAACAACACCUUCAAGUUCGGCGUCGUCUACCAGCGCUUUGGGCAGGUGUCAGAAGAGGAACUGUUUACCAACAAUCAGGAGUCUCCGGCUUUCUCCGAGUUCCUGCAGCUGCUGGGAGAAACGGUGGAGCUGCAGGACUUUAAGGGGUUCCGGGGCGGGUUGGACGUGUCCCACGGCCAGACGGGGUCCCACUCCAUCUACACCGUCUACAGAGGUCAAGAGGUCAUGUUCCACGUCUCCACCAAGCUGCCGUUCACCGAGGGAGACGCGCAGCAGCUACAGAGGAAACGCCACAUAGGAAAUGACAUUGUGGCGGUGGUGUUCCAGGAAGAGGCCACGCCCUUCGUCCCCGACAUGAUCGCCUCCAACUUCCUGCACGCCUUCAUCCUGGUGCAGGCGGAGGAGACGCACUCGGACAGCCCCACCUACAGGGUUUCUGUCACAGCGCGAGAAGACGUCCCGCCGUUUGGACCGCCGCUGCCAAACCCGGCCGUCUUCAGGAAGGGUCCGGAGUUCAGGCAGUUCCUCCUCACCAAGCUCAUCAACGCGGAGCUGGCCUCCUAUAAGAGCGAACGCUUCGCGCGGCUGGAGGAGCGGACCCGCUCUGCCCUGCUGGACGGCCUGCUGGACGAGCUGCACAGACGUUCCCAGUGCAUGCUGGGAUUGGGUUCAGGCAUGGAGGAAGAGGGCCGGGGUGAGAAUGGCCAUGCCCACGGCGGGCUGCUGGAGUCCAUCAAGAGAGCGAUGAAGGGGCGGAGCAUAUCCAUGGAAACCAUGUCGCGUGGUGGGGCGGGGCUGCCCACCAGUCUGAGUGGGGGCGGUCUGGCCCACCUGAGCAUUGAGGGCAACGUGAAGUCUCCGGUGAAGCGGCGCUCAGGGCUGUUCCCCCGCCUGCUGAGUGUCGACAGCCAGACAGACAAACACAGCCACAGGAGCCUUCUCAGUGAGCAGCGCAGCUUUGACUGUUCCCACCCCAUGAUAGAGGUGAGGUCUGAGCUGCCGUCCAAUCCCAGCUCUCCAGAGACAGGACAACGGGACAGGAUUCAUCCGAGGAAGGAGAGAAGUAAAAUUUCCAGAUCCACAUCCAGCACCUCCAGCUUCAGCAUUCCCUCUGAUGACGCUCACCUGACUGCGCCGUCGGAGGUUUCCUGUCCGCUGAUCGUCUGCCGCAGCCCCACAGAACUGAAAAACAAGAACUCUCCCAGAUCCAACCUGAAGUUUCGCUUCGAUAAGCUGACUCACUCUGCUGCUCAGGGAAACUGAACUCAGGAGGUUCUGGGAGAGAAACCACGUGGAGGUGCUGCCUUCACACCACCAGGACCAGGAGGAUGGACUGAACCGGACCGAACCACAUCAUCACAAACGCCUUCCUGGUUCCUGAGGCGCGCUGGUUCUACCUGAUGUCACUAAACCCCGUGGAGCCACCAUGGAGAUCCAGUUCCAACUAUAGACAACUUCUGUUGUUUUAACCAACGAACACUUUGUCGUUUUUUUGUUUUUCUUGUUUCCUUACGGAUGAAGACAGGAGUCAUGGACUGUUUUCCUUUUCAGGGAAUGUUAAAGGAGUUUUCCUCACAGAUCAGUGAAAUGGUUCUGACUCGUUCGGAGAUCGGGUCCAGCUCUGUCCUUAAAGCUGGUUGACCUUCUCCACCCUCCUUUUCAUCAAGGUAGCUCCACCCUGCAGCAGGUUCUGAUUGAGUCCAGUGGACCGGGUGAGAACAGUGAGGCUGACUGAGGACUUCUAGAGGCUAGAAUCAGUAACAGUCCAAACCAAACCCAAUUAUUGAGACGGUCCAACUAAGUAGAAACUGGAGUUAUGUCUGAAAUCUAUUUUUAAUUUAAUUCAGUUUAUUUAUUCAGCAACAGAGUACGGGUUCUGUCACAUGAAAAACCAGUUGUUCAGAUUCCAGGUAAGUCUAGAUUCAGUUCGGAUCAGUCCAGUUCAGGUCCAGACACAGUCAGAACCAGGACUGAUCAUAACAGAUCAAUCAAAGCGAACCGGUGAGAAGGCAUCAGCUGAUUGAACCAAAACAUCACACCAAUCCUGCCUCCUCUGUGACCAUGUGGCGACAGUGGAGAGGAACAGGAAGGAAUCCUCCAGCUGGUAUGACGGGACAGAGCCGCCACAGGGCCAUGUGUACUUUCUGUGUUCAGCAAGAAUAGUCAACUACAGCCUUCAGUGGCUAAUAUGCAGUUAGCAAGCUAACUUGCUAGCUAAAUAUUUACCUUGGACCUAUUUAUUUAGCUUAACUCAGUAUUUCAGCUAAAUAUUUCAUUUGGAGUUAAAUAUUUAGUUUUGUCUGAAAGGUUUUUGCUGAAACACCUGCCGCUGUGUGACUGGUGCUUCGUGACGAUGUUCUGAUCCAGACGGUUAGGGAAGAGGUCAGAAACCAGCCCUGCAGUGAGACUUUUAGGUCGUUUUCUUUGUUCCUACAACCAGACCCGGACUGAAUGUUUGCUGUGACGUCACUGUGAGUCGUUCUCUGACUGGAAACCAGAAGAUAAAAACCACAGAUUGUCUCUGUUCAUCAACGUGUCGUUUUCCGUCUGCUCACCAUCAGGAAAUGUGAAAAAUCUGUGACAGCAGGUUUUCCUUCAGACAUUCCAGUUCUCUUGACCCUGAAUGCUCCGUGUUGAGUUUAAGGUCCCUUCAGAAAUCAGUGGCUUCUCUUCAUGUCUCUUAGUGGAUGUUUGCUUCUGAAUCCGAUGAUAACUUCACUGCCGUUUGAGUCAACAUCACUGACAUCCCUCAGCUCUGGUUGUUGUUCUCUGUAUGAAGAUUCAAAAUAUCCGGUUAAAAACUAAAAUCAGUAUUUGCACUAAAGCUGUUUCCUUGUUGUUUCAAGUCUUGUUCCAAGUUUUUAAACAAAAGUCAGUUUUAUUUUGUCAGGGACCAACUGAUGCUGCAGAAACACAAUGAUGUCAGUCAGCUGUAUGCUUCAUUUUGAAGGACAACUAUGACAUGAGAACCUGGAGCUAUAAAGUUUCUGAAUCGUUUGCACUUUGA